GAUUUUUCACUACGCCAUAUCCUCCUCCGCCGCCUAUCCGGACGAGUUUUAGGCGUUCAUGAUGCUUCGUCGCCCUCCCCUACUGAAUUUGUGCCGUAUUUUCAGAACCUAUGCCACCAAAGAUGGACACACCGAGAGAUACGCCGUCGACCUCGGCUGAACGACCCUCUCAUAAUCGCCGGUCCUCGAGACAACACAAUCAACAUGUUCCCGUGAAUCCAAGCCAGCUAAGGGAAGUCUAUGUUCCUUUUGAAGGGUCUGAAAACAACACGCACCCGUCAACGACGCAGCAAGUGCAGUCCAAUCCAGGCCCGUCAACGGGCUUGGAAUUCUGCAAUGAUGGUAUCCACCCUGCAGAUGACCAUGCCUCAGUGCAUGCUGGAGAUGAAGAGGUGCCUACUGGCCAGCCUCGGGGUAUAUUCGAGUCCGAUCUGGAGCCCACAGCCCGCACAAGGCUGCUUAACCAACAGAACUGGGAUGCCGGUUCCUGCUGUGGAAGUGAACAGUGCAACCAUGGAGCCAUGUCGCCCCGCCCUUGGUCCGUGAGGAGUUAUGGCACUAUCAACUCCAAUAUGUCGCGUAAUGUCUUUGAAAGUCCAUAUCCCGGUGGAUCUGGUGCAGGCAGCGAUCCAGGUCAAGGGCUGCUGGGAUAUACCGGUGUGGACGGUCUCUUGAGAGGUGGAAAAGCCAACAAGAGGAAGACAACGAGAUAUCUCGCGGAGCGGCACGGUAUCAAGAAUCAAAACAUGAUGUAUCUGGCCUAUUAUGUGCCAGUGCUCAACUGGGUUCAGCAAUACAAAUGGCGAUACAUUACCGGCGACUUGGUCGCUGCGAUCAGCAUGGCCUCGUUCUAUAUUCCUAUGUGCCUUUCGUACGCCUCGAAUCUUGCGCAUCUACCUCCCAUCCACGGACUGUACUCGUUCGCGAUCAACCCUCUGAUAUACGCUAUACUUGGUUCCUGCCCUCAGAUGGUUGUGGGACCAGAGGCCCCUGGAUCUCUCCUAGUAGGCGAAGUGGUCCGAGAGGCUAUCAAAAAGGGAACUAGCGGCGAUGACGAUGGCAUCCUCCAGGCGGAGAUUGCUGGUAUUGUUACCUGCAUGGCGGGCACUUUCAUAUUCAUUGCGGGCCUUUUCCGCCUAGGCUUCCUCGAUAAUGUGCUGAGUAGGCCAUUUCUACGUGGUUUUAUUAGUGCCAUUGGCGUGGUUAUCUUCGUGGAUCAGCUGAUACCCGAGAUGGGUCUUGCAAAACUUGCUCGCGAUCAGGUAUCGCAUGGAAGUUGCCUGGAUAAGAUCGUCUUUCUCGUUCGCAAUGUUGGCAACGCUCAUAAGCUUACAACUGCUGUAUCUUUUGGAGCAUUUGCCAUUAUUAUGUUUUUCCGUGAAGUGAAGAAGCGAUUGCAAUCCCGUUAUCCUAGCGUCGCAUAUAUACCGGAUCGAUUUGUCGUCGUCGUUCUUGCUGGAUAUUUGGCAUGGCACUUCGGUUGGGAAGAGCGAGGUCUCUCGGUUCUAGGCGAUGUCAAAUCUACUGGCAACGUCUUCGCCAUUCAUUUUCCAUUCGAUCCCCCUCACCUCAAGUACGCAGGCGACGCCGUCAAUACCGCUUUGAUCAUAGCUCUACUCGGCUUUUUUGAAUCAUCUGUUGCUGCCAAAUCGUUAGGUACCGGGGAUCGCUCCAAGGACGGAAUACAGCAACAAAUCAGUCCAAAUAGGGAGCUCAUUGCACUCGGCACCGCUAAUAUUACUGGUGGUCUUUUUAUGGCCCUUCCCGCUUUCGGCGGCUACGGGCGCUCAAAAGUCAACAAGUCAACGGGCGGCAUGACGCCUAUGAGCUCUGUCUUCCUAUCCUUGAUCACGAUCCUGUGCAUCUUCUUCCUCCUUCCAUACUUCUACCAUCUUCCGAAGGGCGUGCUCUGCGCCAUGGUGUCGGUAGUAGCAUACUCUCUGGUCGAAGAGGCACCGCACGACAUCAAGUUCUUCUGGAAAAUUAAGGGAUGGUCCGAGUUAUCCUUGAUGUUCCUCAUCUUUUUCGUGACCAUUUUCUGGGACCUGAAGCGAGGGAUUGCCGUAGGCAUAGGACUCAGUAUACUACGCCUGAUUCGCCAUUCUACCAGGCCUCGCAUCCAGAUCCUAGGACGUGUCCCCGGGACUACAGAUAGAUUCACAAACGCCGAGCUGGAUCCUGCAAGCGUCGAGUUCAUCGAGGGUUGCCUCAUCGUCAAGAUCCCAGAACCUCUGACUUUCGCCAACACUGGGGAAUUAAAAACCAGGCUCAAGCGGCUGGAGGACCACGGCACCAGCGUAGCACACCCCGCUCUACCGCGUGUUCGACGCGAAGAGCACAACAAGAACAUUAUCUUCGACGUUCACGGCGUGACGAGUCUCGACGGCGCGGGAACCCAAGUCCUCAGCGAGAUCGUGGAGAACUACAGACGCCGGGGUGUUAAUGUCUUCUUUUGUCGUAUCCCGAGCGACAGAUCACCUGUCUGGAAACUCUUUGAGGCGAGCGGGAUCGUGGAGGCUUGUGGUGGCAGGAGACAUUUUGUGAGUUCCGUGGAGGAGGCUUUGAGGAUGACGGAGUUGGAGAGGUUGACAGAGGAGUUGGGAGGCGCGCGGCGUGAGGUGGUCGAGUCGCCGCAUGCUAUCUGAAUGCGAGCGGGAAUGCGAGGGAUUCUAUAGUCGACUCUGAAUCACCAUUAUUGAUUAUGGAAUAUGGUUAUAUGCUCUUGUC